GUACUGAAUGUGAAACGUCCUGCAGUUGUGAUAUGUUGUGCUGUUUAUUUCGCUGACAAUAAAGAAGAAAUUUGGAGUUGCACAGUCAGCUGCACGCCGGUGACGUCGCUGUUCAUGCGUUUACAAAAAGUGACAGCUUCAACUGGAAUUCAUUUUCCCUCGAAGCUGCAGCUUGCAUGUACGUAUCUUAAAAUAAGAUGCCACAGAAAGAUCCUUGUCAAAAACAGGCAUGUGCCAUACAGAGAUGUUUACAAGCCAACAAAUACAUUGAAAGCCUUUGUGAGGAUGUGAUUCAAGCCAUGAGGAAGUGUUGUUUUUCUGUGUUCAAAAUUUGCUAG